AUGCAGUGGGCUGAUUCAAAAGUUUCGAAUGUUGAAGUUAAAUAUACUCAAAUCUUUAUCAACAAUGAAUGGCAUAAAGCAACCAAUGGAAAAACAUUUUCUGUCAUCAAUCCAAGUACAGGAGAAGAAAUCUGUCAAGUAGAAGAAGGCACUAGAGCUGAUGUUGAUAAAGCAGUUGAAGCUGCUCGAAAAGCUUUCGACAUUGAAUCAUCAUGGCGUAAUUUAGAUCCAGUUGCACAUGCUAAUUUGAUGAGAAAAUUUGCUGCUUUGCUUAGAAGAGAUAUUGAUUAUUUAUCAGCGAAAUAUUAUUCUCAGCUGAUUGUAUUGAUUAUUGUACGUAUAUCUGAUUCUGGUAUUGUAGAGGUAAUAUUUGGUGAAAAUAUAGAUGCUGGAUGGGUUGAUAAAAUUGUUGGUGAAACGAUUUCUGGACCGAAUGAUCAGUUAAUAUAUACUCGACAUGAACCAAUUGGUGUUUGUGGACAAAUCAUUCCAUGGUGA